CAAACGCUUCCCCCACUGCCACCAGUUUCCUUAAAAAACGCCUCUCGGACACAAGUAUAAUGUGUAGAAUAACUAAUUGGGUUUAGAACAGCUGAGACAACCAAUUUAGUUUCCUGCAGUACUGAUUAAAGUUUUCAAGAUAACUCACACCGGAAUGAUACAGGGAAACAUGUUUGGUAAGUGACGGGGGUGACAGAUGGAGGGAAAAGGCCCAUAUCGCAUCUAUGACCCCGGUGGGAGUGAUUGCCAGGUGAAAGACGAGGCCAGCAGCCUCAGCUACAGACAGCUGCUAGAGGAAAACGCCGUUUUGAGGGAGAGAAUGAAAGGUCUGAAGAGUUUAGGAGACCUGUUAGAGGAGUCUCAGACAGAGGCAGCCAAGCUUCGGAAGAAGGUGGAGGAGCUGGUGAGGGAUAACGAAGCGCUGAAGUCGUCCACGACCAGCUUUGCCUCCAGUCUGUGCAUGGGCACCCCUGUUCAGACAGACACACAAGGUCAUGGAAAACAUCACGCUGAUCCUGCAACAGAAAGACAAGAAUAUCGGGAUUGUUUAACUGGAAAUACUUUACAACCAGAGGCAACUGAAAGUUCAUCUGAGUUUGAGGUGGUGAAUAUGGAAGAGAAGACGGUCUCGGAAACCCAGCCGGCUGGAGUGAUGCACCUGCCACAGGAGAACAUGGAGCUGGCGAGUCAACUCCGGCGACUGGAGAGCUCUUUUAGUGUAUUUGCUGAAGAGUCAAAUCCCAACCAGCUGAUGGCUCACCUGGGCCGCAUGGCUGUGGAAUUCCACCACUUAUCAUCCAAGGUCCAGAAGAACGAACAGAGAACAUCUCUCCUGCAGACACUAUGUGAACAGCUAAGACAGGAAAACAACGAGCUUAGGAAAAAAAUGGAGGAGGACCUCCAGUACCGUAACCGUGAUCUGGAACAGCUGAGGCAGGAGAAUUUGAAACUGAAGGAGCAAGUCAGCGGAGGAGCCCAGGCAGCACCUAAUGAACAACCGAGCCCAAAGGAGGAGCCAGUGAAAGAAGAGACAGCCAAAACUAAAGUGGAAAUGACCAUGACUCAGCAGUCUGGUAAAGCUGUGGAAAAAACACCAUCUAAGACUUGUGAUCCGGAGGUGUAUGAGAAAAAGAUCAAGCUUCUGGAGAAACAGAGGAAAGAUGUACUAGAGGUGAACAAACAGUGGGACAUUCAGUGGAAUUCAAUGAAGACACAGUUUGAGCAGAAGAUCACAGAUCUAAGGCAGCGGCUCACUGACUCCCAAAAGGCUGUGCUUGAGCUCGAAGCAGAACGUGAACUUAGACAAAGAGAUUAUGACAAAAAACUCCUCCUCGCCAAGUCUAAGAUCGACAAUGUGCAGGGUGAGAAGGAGUGCCUCACCUCAGAAACAUGUGAGUUGAAACAAAAGGUGCGUUACCUGCAGGACCAGUUGCUGCCAAUUACUAAACAAAGAGAAUACCAAGAGAAAGAGAUCCAGCGGCUCAAUAGGGCAUUAGAGGAAGCUUUGAACCUCCACUCUCCUUCUUCCACCCAGCCAGGCAUGAACCUGGGAGAAGGUGUGGCCAACCUGAGACAGCAGGAGCUGCACACACAGAUAGCUGUAUUGAAGGAGCAGGUGAAAAUCUUUGAAGAGGAUUUCCGGAAGGAGAGGAGUGACAGAGAGAGGAUGAAUGAAGAGAAAGAAGACCUGAGGCGGCAGGUGGAAAGGCUGCAGGGUCAACUGACCAAUCUUACGAAUCAGCUUCAUCAAGCACAGAAUGAGUGUCAGAGAGAGCGUGCAGAGAGGUGUAAACUAGAGAGACUGCAGAUGCAACAUAAGCAGGAGGGGCAACAGGAAAGGAGGACGUCUGAUCCCACUUCUGGCUCGGCUAAUGGCCCAAUGAGCCCUCCAUACUGUGGCCCGUUUGUACAUGUGGGCCAUCAAGGUCUAGAGGGUUGGCCCAUACACUUUCCGCCCAGGAUGCCUAACAUCAGUACAGCACCCGGCAGGGACUUCCAGCCUGUCAACCCUGGUUUUCCCUGGCAGUCAUCCUUCCCACAACCACGUGGUUCCAGAGGACAAGCAGACACAGCGAGACCCCCUCCAGAAACUGCAGAAAUGGGAGCAACUGGAUUUGGGAAAAGGGAGCGUCAGAACAUAGACCCCGGAAAGCACUAACCACAUAUUCUCUCUCCUGGAAUGGCUCCCGGCUAGUAGCAUGAUGCAGUUUAUUUUCAGUUGGCAUGGCGUGAACUAUUGUUUGUUUUUUGUUAUGUUUGUUUUUUGUACAUAUAUAUAUAUAUAUAUCUACCACUGAUGAAAAUGUUGUUUAUAUACUUAAGUUUUAUAAUCCUUUUUGUGAAACACUGUUCUGGCAAAUUAAGAAUAUAUACAUUUAUUAUUUUACCUUUUUAUGAUUGUUCAAGUUUAAAUUAUCUGCUUUAUAUAAUUCUAUGCAGGAACUGAAGUUAGUUAUUUAAUGGAUAAUAUGAUUGAACGUUAUUUUUAUAACAAUCUACCUAUAGAGUUAAAUCUCCACCACUUAAAUAAAUGAUAGCUGCCUGAAAACAUGACAUUUAGUGUUUUGGUACUGAUCGAGACUGACAAAGACAUUUGUAUGUGCAAUUAGAGAAAAUAUGUAUAACUCUAUAGGUGAAUUGUCUUGAAAAUGGCUAACAGUAGAAUGUGACUGAACUGAUUGAUGAUUCCUUCACUGGCUGUGGUUGAGAUGAUGGGAGAGGUCACAUACUGUUGAACGUCUGCGCCACUGUUUAUUGAAGCCAUAUAUGACACCUGUUAACCUUUCCAUCUAUUAGAUUACGUUCUGGGAUUACUUUAGUAUGUGCUUCAAUGGCUUGUUGAUCCUUCAGAUACUUGUGAUUGUAAUUGAAAUGAUAAUCUAUCGAGGAGGGCUUUCAUCUGGACGACAGAAGUAUCACAGUAGUUUUGCUUAAUAUUUUUAAAGAUUCAGUGUUCAAAAACAUUAUUCCCUAUGUGCAUAUGGAAGUGAUAAGUUAUUUAUAUCUAUUGUUUUGACAGCUGAGUGUGGUUUAUUGUCAUAAGUGAUGUUGUCUUUAGUGUAUUGUUUUGUGUCUCCCUUUACAUAUUGUAGCUACUGGAAGACUGUAGUUUGUGCGUUUGUGCAUAUGCACAACCACAGGAAGUGGGCCAGAAUAAAUAAGUUAAUGCAUCACA